CCAGUUUCUGAUCCCAAACUGGAUCUACUGGGUUCCACCUGUCCGCGAGCGUGUCAACAGCGCACGAGACAUACACACACAGUCCCGCCAAACCGGUCUGUGAUUUUAUUUUAUUUUUUUCUCUCCUCACUGGAAAAGCAGUGAUUUAACGGACAGGUGACGCGUCCAUCCGCCGCCGCCGCCGUUGUUACCGGUUAGUGUUUGUUUUUGUAGCCGCGGACGGAGGAGGAAAAGCGGCGGGCGAAGCUGCGGCGGAGCGUUUUAUCCGCAGUGCCUCAGAAUGUCCAGACAGCAGCUACGGACGCCGUUAAAACUCACCGACACCGUGGUGGAGGUCAAGAGCAAAUUUGAAGCAGAAUACCGUCGCUUCGCUCUAAAGAAAAAUGGCCCCGGUGGAUUCAAGGACUUUUACCACCUCCUUCAGACCAUACACCACAUUCCCGGCAUUGACGUGCUGCUGGGAUACGCUGACAUCCACGGAGACCUUCUUCCAAUUAACAAUGAUGAGAACUUCCACAAGGCUGUCUCCUCAGCUAACCCAUUGCUGCGCAUCAUCAUAACCAAGAAAGAGGAUGAACCUGUCGUCUUUCAAACCAACUCCCUCCAGAGGCGUAAAAAGGGGCUUGGCUUAACUGGGCUGCGCCCCACCAGCUCAGGCGGCACCCACUCCAAGAACAAACCAGGACUUAUGAUCGGCUUACCUCAGAACUUUCGACAGAUCUCAUCCAUUAUCGAUGUGGACAUCCUGCCUGAAACACACCGACGUGUACGUCUUCACAAACACGGUACCAAGAAACCCCUGGGCUUCUACAUCCGUGAUGGUGUUAGCGUCCGCGUGACGCAGCAGGGUGUGGAGAAGGUACCUGGUGUGUUCAUAUCACGUCUGGUGCGUGGUGGACUGGCAGAGAGCACAGGGCUGCUGGGAGUUAAUGAUGAGAUCCUUGAAGUCAACGGCAUCGAUGUGGCGGGAAAAUCGUUAGAUCAGGUGACGGACAUGAUGGUUGCCAACAGCCACAACCUCAUUGUGACGGUCAAACCGGCGAACCAGAGGAAUAACGUCAUGCAUCGUGGGAGUAAGACCUCGAUGGGAAACACAGGCUCUGUGGGAUCAGCUGGCUCGAUGGGCUUACUCCUAUCACAUGACUCACCGAGUCCUGCCUCCCAGAACAACCCUAUCACUGCCAGUAACAGCAUGGCAGAGGGUGACAGCGAUGAGAAAGACGACGACGGCGACCUGAUUAUUGAGAAUGACCUGCUGCAAUACGACCAGCAGCGGUUAAAUAACAGCAGCAACAUCAGCACAGACUCACCGAGCAACAGGUUGCCCAACUCGGCUGCCGUUAGGCCCCUCCCACAGAGCGUCUCCAUGCCCGGCAGUGUCGGAGCAUUGCUGAGCGACGGCAACAUGAUGUCCAAUCACAACGGAAACCCCGCCCACACAGCCAGUAGCAGUCAAGAGAGCAUGCGAGAAGAUGGCAAUAUCAUAACGGUGUAACCAUAACAACGGAUAAUGCAACCAUGGUAACAACUGCAGACAUGUCUACAGGUAGCACACUCAGUAGCACUAUUUACAUUUUUUAAAUCAGUCUUUAAAAUGGACUAUAAGGUCAGAGUCAUGUGGUGACGGUUCUGGUAACGUUUGACCUGCAGGGGUGCAUUUUGGGAGUUAAAAAACAAAACAAACAAGCAUACCGCUGAGGUCGUCGAUUUCUUUGCUGUUAUUUACAUCUUAUCUGCUAUCAGAUUUCUUCAGGUCUGUUUUGCCCUGAGACAUGUUGUUAAAAAAGGUUUUGUUGUUUUUGUUGUUCCUGUUGCACAGAUUGUAUUCACAACAUCCAUAUCUAAAAUGUCACAGUCAAAGCAACCUGAAAAAGUGAAGAUCAGUUAUAUGAAGUAAAAGUCAUUUACCGCACACACGGACUCCAAAUAAAACAAAGCUUAGCUUUCCAUUACCUGCGCUAGGACUUUGCUCUUCAAAUCUAAAUGUCAGAAAAUAGUUUAAUAAACACUGAGGUUUUGGAUCUUAAAAAAACAAUGCGAUAUAAUACCUAUCACGCUGCGAUACCUAACACGAUACAAUACUUAUCGCGUUGCCCAUCAUGGUACGAUACCUAACACGAUACAAUACUUAUCACAUUGCCUGUCACGAUACGAUACCUAUCGCGAUGCCUAUUGCGAUAUGAUACCUAUCGCGGUACCUAUCACGGUGCAAUACCUGUCACAAUCAGAGCUCCUCCAGUCGCACUAAUUGUGCAAUAAUAAAAGUUUAACAUGAAAAAAACAAAUGGUUUGUAACCAUGAAAUUGUUACCUGGAUGUUAACUUUCUCCUGUUUGCAAAUUUGUAUGAAUCAUUGAUGCUUUUAUAUAGCAAGUCAUCACUUCCAUCAUGGAGUAGAAAUUUUUUUUUUUUAACAAGCACAUCAGCCACGGUGUCCAGGGAGUCGACACCCGGACCCGAUAUUUAAGGUAACAUCAGUUCAAUUUAAUUUUAUAUGUACACGGUCAAUUCACAACAGAGUAACAACAUGUGCAAAGUCUAGAUCACUGGUGUCCAAACUAUUCCAGAAAGGGCCGAGAGGGUGCAGGUUUUCUUUGUAGCCAGUGACUUCAGCAGGUGAUUUCACUGAUUAACAUCAUUUUGAACAGGUGGGAUGAGUUCAUCAGUGAAAUCACCUGCUGAAGUCACUGGCUACAAAGAAAACCUGCACCCUCUCGGCCCUUUCUGGAAUAGUUUGGACACCACUGGUCUAGAUCGUCCCCACCCCAUGAACAAGAACAUCGCUGACGUGUCCAAGCAGUCAAUGUCCAGACCCAUACUCUGUUCAACGCCCAGAGUUCAUAUGGGAGAAUGGCUCGACUGGAGAUCAUCAUUAGUUAAGCUCGUUGUUAGUGGAAGUGUGUCUGAUACAAAUGGCGGGAAACCAAAAAGUCUGUUUUUGACCAAAGACCAAAAGGCUGGUUGCACAGGUUCUUCUGGCCCAAUUAGGAUCCAGACACAGAUCUUUGGGUCCAGGAUGCUGACACAGAUCUUCAUUCUUUGGUUGCUUUGCUGUGCUCUUGUUUUUUCUGUUCUCCGCGAAGCUGCUGAGGUCUGGAAGGUGGAGCGUCACAUUUCCAGGUCUCCACACAGCUGAGACGGAACAUAUUUGGGUAAAAGAUUAGCAGAACAGAAGGUUCCUGUUUAGUCCUUCACAGCUAAGUGACGUCCAGUUUUCUUCUGAGUAAAGUCGUCGAUGCACCGAGCAGAGUCGAUUUCAUCCGCAGCAUUCAGAACUUAACGGUUUCUUAACAAACUAGAAAACCAGACGGCAGGAAAAAAAAAGACGAAAUGAAAUGUUCCUCAUCGGAUAUUUGAAACCUGAGCUGAUUAUUAUUUCUUUUUUAUGUAAUAUACUGUAAAUGCAAGAGGAGGCAGAUUUUGACUUCCUGGGUGAAGUUUUUAUGUAAGAGAAGAUUUUAUAAUAAGUAUAAAUCUGAAGAGUAUUUUUCUUAUUCUUGUACUUUUAAAUUGUAACACAGACGAGAUAGACCGUUCAAAGUGUUGGAUUAAGUUGGUGUUGAUGUGCACACGGUUUAAUUUGAUUAAAAAUUUGUAAUAUUAAACAUGUAAGUCUGCAACUAAUGAUUAAUUAUUGAUCAUUUUGACAGAAAUGUUUCAGAUUUCAAAGAGAUAAUUAAAGAAAAUAUCUAAAUCUCCACGUAAUAUUUAAAAAAGGAAUUGAACAAUUGUAACCAUUUUAAACUGAUUAGUUUGAAGCUGGUUAAAACCCAGUUUAGGGAUGUUUUUUUAAAAAAAGUUUAAAUUAUAUUCUUUGGUGUUUUUAAUUUAAAAUCAGAUCAUUUAUUGAUUUAGCACUUUAAUCCGCUGUUCCACUAUAGAUGUUCAAACAUUUUUAAAACCAUUUAAAAUGGUUUUAAGACACACGAAUAUCAAAUUUAUUAUCUGGUCUGGUUUUAAAACACUUAUACACAAAAGAUAACUUUUAAACAUUGUUUUGUAGAUUUUUACAUUAAAACAAACUUUUUCUGCUUUUAUUUUUAAAUAAAACACCAGUGAGCCAAGUUUUUGUUGACAAAAUUAAGAUAAAUUGUGCAUAACUUAAGGGGAAAUCUGUGUGCAGGCGUGUUUAAAUGUGCAUGAAAUAAACAACAACAUUCCAGAAUUCAACAUCGAGCACAUUUUGUGAAUUUGUCCAUUUUAGCGAAACUUUGGACAUGUCCAUGUGCAUGUCAACACUGCCGUUCCAAAGUUGUCACAUUAGCUGCUAAUCAUAGCUUAGAACGUCUGUUACCAUCCUCACUUUUGUCGGAUUGAUAUGUUUGUGUUCUGAUGACGAGUCCAUGGUCCGUUUCACAAAAUGAUGCUCAGAAUGCUAGCGUAACGUUCACCUUUCAUGGAGGUAAUGACGCUUGCCAUUCAUUAAAACUACACAGACAAACUUUAACCAAGAGCUUUUGUUCCUGCAAAUAAAACAAUCAGUAAUGAUUACAAUCGAUCAAUUUAUUUAGAACAUUUAUAAACGCUGUCAAACUGAGGAUUUGUUUGGCCCAAAAUCCAAGAAAUGGCCGUUUAAACCAGUUUACCAUUGGUUAUUUUUGUUAGCAUACCCAUAGCACCGUAAUUAACUUGCUAAUUUAACGUGACCAAAACUCAGCUUUUCACCUUAUAAAAACACAUUUGUUUGUACGUGUUCAGAAUUUCUUUUGGACAUGUUAUUUAAUCUGGUUCGCUUCAUUAUUGGAUGUUUUUGGUUGCCGUACGCCAGGUGGCACUGAUAAUGAAGCGCUAUCCGGCGCACACAGCUCAGUCACGUGAAGCUGGUACAUUUAAAAAAAAAAAAAGAUUAGCUUCCUCUGUGAUUAUUUUUGAGUGCUCCGUUAGCUGCUCCAGUCUCUGUUUGUCACUCGACCUCAUAUUUGAAAAUAGGCGAUCACGAAUGUGAAGAGAUUGCAUGUUGCAGAUUUGGUGAAACGGACCUCAGGACCUGGAUCAGCGCCACCUGCUGGUAGAGGUUGUCAGCAGCGAGUGCACAACUAUUUAGAAAAAUGAAGAAAGUGCCUUUUCUGUGAAGGAAGCUUGUGCUUCAGUGAUGAUGGAAAACUUAAGAAACUCUGAGGUGUUGAAGGAAAAUGUCACAUGACAUAAAGAAAACAAAUAUCUUCUUGAAGCCACAGAUUUGAGAUGUGGAUCAGAUCUGUAGGACUUUGUGGACCAGGUCUGUAGGACUCUGUGGACCUGAUCUGUAGGACUGUAGGACUCUGUGGAGCAGGGCGUGAUGAAACUGUGAAUGUGAUUAUCCAAUUAUAUUAAGAUAAUAAAGUAUCAGAAAUGA